CUUUCCAAUCCAGCUGUUAUGGAGUCGAUGGACGAAGCUGAAGGACAACAAGGACAGCUGAACAGGAAGGAGCAGUCCCCAAAAACCUCCCAGAAAACAGCACUGCUUGGUUGGGCUGCCCGGUGGAAUGAAUUAAUGCCUGGACACAGCAUGUAUCUGUUUGUCCUCUCACAGAUACUGCUUCUCUGCAUGAUGCUGUGGUACAGCACUUAUGGGACCAUCCCAGCAGCUCAGAAUGCCUUUGACCUGCUGUCUUACUUGCUUACCCCGUUUAAACAGUUUUUGUCAGAUCAAGGGGAGGACCUGACUAGAAUCGGGAGCAUUGUGGUAUCGUACAUCCUGCUGUCUUUAGCUUCUCUAGGACUGUUAUUUGUAGGAUCUCUGUUUUGGCAUCUACUCAGAGCCCGACCAGACCCCCCCUUUCCGCUGCAAGAGGACAGACGCCAAUCUGUGAGCCGACAGCCUUCAUUCACGUACUCAGAGUGGACAGAGGAUAAAAACGAGGAUGACUUCCUAGAUUUGGAUCCCGUACCGGAGACUCCGGUCUUUGACUGCGUAAUGGACAUUAAAGCGGAGACAGAUCCAGCUACUCUAACGGUUAAAUCCGUGGGCUUGCAAGAAAGGAGGGGUUCAAAUGUUUCACUCACACUGGAUAUGUGUACCCCAGGCUGUUCUGAGCAAGGUUUUGGCUAUGUCAUGUCACCACGGGAACAGUCAGCCCGAGAAUACCUCCAGACGGCGUCAAACAUCCUUACUGAAGAGGAACUGCACAAGAAAGCACUGGAUCCUUUCAUACUCCAGGCAGAGUUCUUUGAAAUUCCAAUGAACUUUGUGGAUCCAAAGGAAUAUGAUAUUCCAGGCUUAGUGCGUAAGAAUCGCUACAAAACAAUUCUCCCAAAUCCUCACAGCAGAGUGUGCCUUACCUCAGCUGAUCAGGACGAUCCCCUUAGCUCUUACAUCAAUGCUAACUACAUCAGGGGCUAUGGAGGAGAGGAAAAGGUAUAUAUUGCUACUCAGGGACCGAUAGUUAAUACUGUCAGUGAUUUCUGGAGAAUGGUGUGGCAGGAGCGUUCUCCCAUCAUUGUCAUGAUUACCAAUAUAGAAGAGAUGAAUGAGAAAUGCACAGAAUAUUGGCCAGAGGAACAGGUCACCUAUGAAGGAAUAGAAAUCACAGUUAACAGAGUCAUACAAGCAGACGAUUACCGUUUAAGGCUCAUCACCCUAAAGAAAGGAGAAGAAGUCAGAAACCUGAAACAUUACUGGUACACAUCUUGGCCAGACCAGAAGACACCAGAUCAAGCUCCCCCUCUGUUACAGCUAGUACUGGAAGUGGAAGAGGCAAUGCAGAGUGCAGAAGAGAAGAAUGCCCCAGUAAUUGUUCACUGCAGUGCAGGCAUCGGGAGGACUGGCUGUUUUAUUGCAACUAGUGUCUGUUGUAAACAGCUGAAGAGCGAGGGCAUAGUUGACAUAUUGCGAACAGCCUGCCAGUUACGGUUAGACAGGGGAGGAAUGAUCCAGACUUGUGAACAGUAUCAAUUUGUCCAUCAUGUCAUGAGCUUGUACGGAAAACAGCUUUCUAGAGCAGCAGAAGAAUAA